UCACUUCAUCGUCUCACCUAUAAACCCAUCUUCUCCUCCCAACUUUCAAACAAACAAUCCAGCAGAACCAAGAAGAAAAGAGCACUUAAUCCACUUCAAAAUGUCCUCAAAAUCCACUAAACGUUGCUCUUGUGGCGAGAAGUUGAAGACUGGCAUAGCUCUACUUCACCACCGCCAAGAUUCACCAAAGCACAAUACCACGCGUAUCAUAGGCAACACACUGCCGAAGACCAUGGACUCGAAAGCAAAGCCUGUGGCCAUGAAAACAAAUCCAGAAAGCUCGGCCCAGGUAAAGAACAUGCAGACCUUCAAUGUGGCCAGCUCCGCCUCACCAGUUGUUGAAGCAGCAACGGCGCCAUUGGUUUGCUGUGCAGCAAAAGCUAAAGGCAAAGAGCCUGCACCCAUUGUCACCACCAUCGAAGAAACACCAACGGAGAAGCUCGAGAGUGUUAACGCCAAGGUGAAGGAAGCUCAGAGUCUCCACGACAGACUGAUAGCGAAGCUCAGCGAACUCCUCGAAUUCGAAAUCACCAGAGAACUCAAAGCAGCAAUCAAGAAAGAGCUAAAGCCCGUUCUCAAGAGAGACCUCGAGGAUGACAUCAAGGCAGAAUUCGGGGGAGACCUCAAGAAACUGAAGUCUGAGAUGGUGUCCGAUCUCAUCUCAGAGAUCAAGGCAGACUUCAAGAAGGCCGUUAAGGAAGAGAUCAAGAAUGAGUUCAGAAUGACUGUCGCUUAUCAGCUCAGCAGCAAGAAUGAAAUGAAAACCGAGCCCAUGGACGAUCUGAAGUCGGAACUCAAAGCUGAACUCAAGAUCGAGCUCAUGGAGGAACUCAAGGACAGCAACAAGUCCGAAUCGAACGAAAAAUCCACGGAUGAACCACAGGGGAAUCGGAGCAUAUCCAGCGAGGAAGACUUCCUGACGGUGGACGACAUGGUUCUGGUAGGAGGUUUGGGAGGAGACUUUGAAUAGCCGGCAAUGCUCGUAGUCGCGAGAUGCGGCUUGCACGAGUUGUGAUCGUCCAUAGCAACUGUGCUUAUAAAUGAGAACUAUUGUUCACUGAAACUGCGAUUAUCAGAUAAUGAAU